GGAGAGAGCAGUGGGGGGGAGGCAGAAGCAGCUUCAUUCUGAGAAACUAAGAGUCACAUUAACAGACUGGGGAAAGAUCAGGUCUAGUCUGAUAGAUGAAGGAAGAUCGUUGGAAGGUUUCCCAGUUGUUGUAAACAGUGGAGGAAACCCUGAGUGGGUACCUCUUGAUCCAAAGGGCAUUACCCGCCUGUUAGACUGCAUGGAGAAGCAAGGCUUGAACUCACCCCUCACCUUGAAUGCCUUAGAGGACAUGACAUCUAUAGGUCCCCUUCUCCCUCACGACAUAACGAAUUUGAUGUGCAUGGUGCUGUCUCCAGUACAGUAUACAUUAUGGUCCUCAGAGUGGAUGACAGGAUUGCGAGCAGCUAUAGGGACUGCAGAAUCAAUUCCUGACCACCUAUUACAUGGGUCCUCAUUAAUGCACUGGGCAGGAAUGGUCAGGGGAAUGGAGACUCCCCAGAGACAAGCAGCCAGGCUUAGGCCAGGGAAACUUAUACCGGCUACAGACAUGAUGAUUCAAGCAUUUAAGAGAGUAGCCAAGGGUGUGGAGCCUGUGGACCCUCGGACCAAGGUGAUCCAGGGGCCAACGGAAUCAUUCUCUGCUUUUGUGGACAGGCUACAGAAGGCCAUACAGGGGUCAGAACUCCCGAAAUCUGCCCAAGGUCCAGUUUUUAUGGACUGUCUCCAGCAGCAGAGCCCCGGAGAUCAGGGAACUUCUCCUGCUACUCCACAGCUUAGUACGCCUGGGGAGAUGAUCAAGUAUAUUCUGGAUAAGCAAAAGACAGCAUCUCUGACCAGUGAAGGGUUAGCGGUGGCUAUCGUCGCUGCAGUUGGGACGCGACAGUCCCAGGGGCCGUGUUAUGGGUCCUUCCCUCGAGUUCAUCACACGCCCACAGUGGCGCUGACGCUGGAUUGUCAGGAUCAGCCCCUCGUUAAGAUUGUGGUCUCGUAUGCUGGGGAGUUACCCCCCAACUACGCAGGCCCACGAUCUAUAUUUGUUACCGCACUUAUGGAUUCUGGGGCAGAUGUCACAGUUAUAUCAGAUCACGAAUGGCCAAGUGACUGGCCACUGAUUCCAUCUCGCGCAGUGUCGGAGGAAGACCGGGAAGUGUUUGCUUUCACUGUUCCAACUGAGAAUAAUGCUGGGCCUGCCAAAAG